GUUGCCUGCCCACUGGGGGCUGACACAUUACUAGAGUGAAUCUCCCCUGGGAGGAUCAUCUGGGAAAGUUGAAAAAAGAUGCGGAGCUCUGACUGAGAUCAAUUGAGUUGGAAUAGCUGGGGGUGCAGCCUGGGCUUCAGUGUUUUCAAAGACCUUCCAGGUGAUUCCAAUGUGCAGCCAGGGCUGAGAACCACUGGCCUAGAAGGAGAGACAGCAAACGACCGGGUAAUUCUGCAUCGUGUUCUCAGCAUCACCUGGAGGUCUUUGUUGCUUGUGUGAACUCCGACGGCUGGGCCCCACUCCCACAGACUAGUGUCUGAAUUUUCAGGUCACGCGGAUGCUGCUGGGGACCACUGCAAGGUGGCAGAGCAGUAGGAGGCACAGAAGAGCCCACAGGAGACCCCAGCCUACAGACUAAGCUGUGUUAGCCCCAUCUUUCAUGGGGCUCCAUACCCUCGGUCCCCGCAGUGGGCAAAAUCACCCUAGUGUGUACCCUAACUUUUAUCUUGCUCACACUUCGGCCUCUAUUCUGCUUCUGUAGUUAAGGCGAUUAAGUUAUGGUGUCUUGAAAAAAUUGGACUAAGACCAUGUUUCUCUAAGUGGAGGACAAGAAUCACUGUUCUGAAAUGAAAAUUUGGGGCAAGCCACGAUGACUUUUGAGGAGGGGGUCCUCGGUCAGGUUAUUAAAAGUUAUUCCCGUUUUACUUCCCUUUCAAUCCUGACUACUCGGGGUGUGUGUGUAGGGCACCCCCCUGCCUGGCUCUCCGAGCUGCCGUGUUUCCUCCGCACAGGUGCGCUGGCCAAGGUGCAGGUGUUUGGGAAGUGGCACAGCGUGCCCAGGAAGCAGGCGACGUAUGGCGACGCUGGGCUGACCUACACGUUUUCAGGCCUUACUCUGUCUCCAAAGCCCUGGAUCCCAGUUCUCGAGCGAGUCCGGGAUCGUGUUUCUUUGGUGACUGGACAGACCUUCAACUUCGUGCUCGUGAACAGGUACAGAGAUGGCUGUGACCACAUUGGGGAGCACCGAGAUGACGAAAGGGAACUGGCCCCCGGCAGCCCCAUCGCCUCCGUCUCCUUUGGGGCCUGCAGAGAUUUCGUCUUCCGGCAUAAGGACUCCCGAGGGAGAAGCCCCUCCCGGAGGCUGGAGGCGGUCAGGCUUGCGCUGGCCCACGGGAGUUUGCUUAUGAUGAACCCCCCGACCAACUCUCACUGGUAUCACAGUCUCCCCGUCCGCAGGAAGAUUCUGGCGCCACGGGUCAAUCUGACCUUUCGGAAAAUUCUGCCUACUAGAAAGUAAAACUUUUCCAGUUAGUUCUUCUGUGUUCUUCCCUCUGUACUUGAAGAUGGAGCUGGCAUUUCCAUUACCAACAGGAAAAGCAGAGGUUUAACAUCACAUAAUGCAGAAUUUCGACAGGGGAUGUGCACAUUAA